UUGUAGCAACCGAAAUGUAUUUGUCUGAAAAAUAAAGAAGUCAAAAUCAAAAUUUAUUUUAUUAUCUUGAAAGAUUGGAGUAACGUUUUCUAAAUUUAACCUAUUCUAAUGUGUUACGACUCUAUUUUAGUGCAGCAUUUUAAAACUUCCUGUAGGCUGUUAUCUACAUCUUAAAGGCCAUUUUGUAAAGAAGUAAAUUAGGCUAUUAAAAAAAAUCCCACACAUUGAAACCAAGCUAUACAUAAAGAAGAAUGACAGAAGAAGAUCAAGAUUCUCUCCGACCCACGUCUCCUUAUCACGAGAAAUGUUUUCCGCCGUAUUGUGAUAAUGCUGGACAACUGGACAAGCAAGUAGUGUCAAAAAUGAACCGGAAGGAACUUGAAGACAAAUACAUUGUAUAUGCAGAUGAAAAUCUCAAUCUUAAGAAAAGAAUACGAGAGCAUGAGCGACAAAUACAAAGACUACAGACCGCCAUGGCAAGACAAGACAAUUUAGAAAAGAAAGGUGGAGCAAAAUUGCCACCGUCAAUGCAGCUGGAAAAUGCUCGUGUUGAAAAUUUGGAGAUGCAAAACAAAAAUCUCCAAGCAAAGGUAAAAGUGUUGAAACAGCAGCUGAUGAACCAUAGUUUCAUCCACACCAAAGAAAACAAAAUUGCAGAAAACAAAGAGAAAAAUUAUAAGAAUCCGGAAUAUUUUCGAGAUGUUGGACAGACACAGUCGGCCCGUGACUCCAAGCAUCGCUACAAUUCCCCUUCACCAUCCGCUCGUGACUUGAACAAUGUUUCCGCUCUGAAAGAGCGAAUAGCUAUGUUGGAGAAUAUGCUAGAGACACAAAAGGAUAAGUACAAGACCCGCAUCGCUCAGUUAGAAAAGGAGGUGGCUGCUAUGGGCAAGAGUGGUAAUAACUUGAAUGAGGAACUGAAUGAGCAUUCGCGUAAGGUGAGCGAUAAUGUGGAAAUAAUCAAGCUGCGAAGAGAUGGCAAGAAACUGUCAAAAGAUAUUGAUAUUUUAAACGAUCAGAAUGAUGCACUUCGAAAGGAAUUGGAGGAACUGAAAGUAGCAUUGAAAAAGGCUAAUGAAAGUGUUGCGGAGCUGGAAAGAAUACUAGAAAGAGAGAGAGAGAAAGCAAGAGAUGCUGAGAGUAACUUAUCAAAGAGUAUGUCUAACACAGAAACAAUAAGAGCACUUCAAGAAGAGAUUAGAGACCUUAAGAAUGAAAGGAAAGAGCUGAAAGAAGCAAAUGAACAACUGCUUCUUUUAACAACCACUCCACCCAAGAGUGAUAGGAGCGGGUCAGAGUCCAAAUUGAAACAACAGGUAUCUACACUGGAGCUGAAAUUGAGAGAAAAAUCCAAAGAACUGGAGGAUAUGAAACGGGAGGUAGCUCGGCUGGAAGCACUUGUAAAAGGUUCAGACAACACUCCAAAGUCGGUGGCCUCUAAAGCAACAUCUCCUGCACAGAAAGAGUCAGAUAAGAAUCGAGAUGAUGGAGAAAAAGUUGAACAGCUGAAGAAAUUACUGGCCGAGGUUCAAGAUGAGCUGGAAGAGCUUAGGGCAAUUGCAGAUGACCAUAGAAAGAAUUGCUUAAAGAUUCAAACUCCUGAGAUUGUUGUGCAGCAAAGACCAAAAAGGGAAUGGCCGGAUCCGAAAUUAGUGGUUACGUUUGGAAAUAAAGAUAUUCCCUCAAAGGAAUCCUCUAGGAUGUAAGUACUCAUGUCUUCU